UAUUAACACAUAGUCACAUACAAAUACAACUUAAUCACUUAUAAAUGUAGCCAAUUCACACAUCAUCGCGACAGAAAACUCGAAAGACUAGAGGAGAAGCCAUGCCGCGUUUAAUUUCUGCGGCGUUGGUCCUCCGCCGCGACCCACGACUUCUCAAGCUCCCACCAUAUAUCUCGCUCUUAUGCAUCAUCGUCGGUGUCGUAUGGCUCCUAGUCCUUCCCCUCGACCAGUACUCGCGCCGAACCUACAUCAGCGAGAACGCCCUGCUACCAGGUCAGGUUCAUACCUAUUUCGGCGGAAGCGACCAGAACGUGUUCCGCGCCUAUAGACACGAAGUAGAUGCGCUAUACACGGCAAACAAAACUAACAUCGAGGUCAAUGACGAGCUUGAGCAGAUUUUCAAGGGUGUCGGACUUAAAGUCGGCAGGCAAAAUUACACAUACAGCUCCGGAGGGAAUACGUACGGCGGCGAGAACGUCUAUGCGAUCCUCCAAGCACCGAGAGGCGACGCGACAGAGGCAAUUGUCCUAGUCGCCGCCUGGAAGAAUGUGAAGGAGGAGUUCAAUCGCAAUGGUCUGGCACUGGCGCUUGCUCUGACCAGGUACUUUAGACGCUGGUCGUUAUGGUCUAAGGACAUCAUUCUUGUUGUGCCGCCCGACAGUAGAGCCGGACCCCAGGCCUGGGUCGAUGCAUACCACGAUGCCCAUGACCCGACAAGUGUCGCUUCGCUGCCUAUCAAGUCCGGCGCUCUGCAGGGCGCCAUCGCGCUCGAUUAUGCGCAAGAAAGUCGCUUUGAGUCGGUGCAUAUCGUGUAUGAUGGUGUCAACGGGCAGUUGCCGAACCUGGAUCUAAUCAACUCGGUCGUUAAUAUUGCGAGUGGUCAGAUGGGCAUGGAGUCCUCGUUGCAGGGCAUGUGGAAACACAAUCAGAAGUACGAUGAUAACCUAAAGACAGUACUAAGAGGGAUGUUGCGGCAGGCGCUGGGACAUGCAUCUGGCCCCCAUAGCUCGUUCAUCCCGUACCAUGUCGACGCUAUAACGCUACAUCCGGUAGGGAACGGGUGGCAUGAUGAGAUGGGGUUAGGACGGCUAGUCGAGGGCAUGUUUCGGAGUCUGAAUAAUCUGUUGGAGAAGCUACACCAGAGCUUCUUCUUCUAUUUGCUCAUUCAUAAGCACCGGUUUGUGAGCAUCGGCACGUAUCUCCCCAGUGCAAUGCUGAUCGCGGCCAAUUUUACUAUUAUGGCUAUUGCGUUGUGGGUUAGGAGCGGAUAUGUUGAGAAGACUGAGAAGAAAAAAGAAAUCAACGAGAAAUCCGAGACGGAUGGGAAGACAAAGGGCGGCGAGGUGGUGAAGGGGAAGGAGGCAGCACCAGUCUCGAAGACAGCCGAACGAGAAACUGUCGAACGAGAGACUCUACUUCCGCUUACUCUUGUUGCGGGCUGCCAGUUCAUAGGAGUCAUUCCGCUCUUCGUUUUCAACCAGACACCAUCCAGCCUCCUCACUCCAAUCUUUGUCUUAUUCGCCUUAUUCAACGUUGCUCUCCCCCACCUCGCCUCCUACUUCAUCACAAAUAGCACCAGCAAGCCACCCACGACGCAGCAGUACCAGCUCAUCAAAUCCUUCUCCCUCCUCCUCCUAGGCAUGUUCCUCUCUUCCCUCGCCACCCUCAACUUUUCCUUGGCCUUCUUGAUCGGGCUACUAUCUUCCCCGUUAUCGUUCACCCGCCCUUGGCCCGGCAGCCCCGUGGCUCGGUACGCACAGGUUUUACUUUUACAUGUGCUAAGCCCGCCUGCGGUGUUACUGGUCGGGAGUGCAGUCGCAGGUGUGGGUGUGAGCAAUGUACUAGAGGAGGCCGCGUUCGGAUGGCAUGUUUGGGGCCUGUAUACCCCGCUCGUCAUCUGGUGCGUCUGGUGGCCCGCGUGGAUUGUCGGGUGCCUUGUUGUGCUGGGACAACCGGGAGAGGGAAUAGGAGGAAAGGAAAAAAAGGCAUAGGCAUAGCUUGAUUUGAUUUUAUGGGGAGUAUGAUGGAGGUCAUUAGCAUAGUUACAUAUAGCGUAUAGGUUAUGUCACGUCUACCAGAGUUGGUAGAGAGCGUCGAGGUUAGGCAGACAAGGACUAGAAGCGAAGGCAAAGGCAAAGGGGGUAUUGUCCUAACAAUCAAGAGUUAAAACUUUUGGUGCUAGAAAUUUUUAGAAGGCCAGUCGUGGCGAAGAAUUAAGAUACCAUUACCUUUUUUGAAGUUUUCAUUUUCAUCACAAAAUUGAAGUUGAC